AUGGUCAAUGCCGAUACCCAACGUGGCAAUAUCCUGCGCUGGAUCCUCUGCGGCGUCAUCGGAGCUCUCACCGCGGCUACCGCAUUCUUUAUCGACUACUGCGUCAAGCUCAUCAGUGCCGCCAAGUUCAAGCACAUUGACUCCUACAUGGAAGUCUGCAAUGAUGAAGGCAACAAGUCGUCGGCCUGCAUCUGGCGACCCUGGCUGGUGCUUGCAUCAAUCAACAUGUGCUUCGUGGCCAUCGCCGUCGUCAUGACCGCCUGGCUCUCGCCCUCUGCUGCUGGCAGUGGCAUUCCCGAAAUCAAGUGCACGCUCAAUGGCAUUAAAAAGGCCGAUUGGCUCACCUUUAAGACACUUGCCGUCAAGGUGUUGGGCGUCAUUUGUGGCGUAAGCGCCACCAUGCCCAUUGGCAAAGAGGGCCCCAUGAUUCACUCCGGGGCUGCCAUUGGUGCCGGCCUGCCCACGGGCCGCAGCACGCGCAUGCCCAUUGACCUCGAGACGCUUCGCUUCCGCAAUGAUCGUGACAAGCGUGAUUUCAUCUCCGCUGGCGCCGCUGCCGGUGUUUCCGCCGCCUUUGGAGCACAAAUUGGUGGUGUGCUCUUUAGCUUGGAAGAGGGCGCUUCCUUCUGGAAUCAAAGUCUCACCUGGCGCUCCCUGUUCUGCUCCAUGAUGGCCCUCUUUGUGCUGCGCUUCUUCGUGGCUGGCAUCAUCUCCGACGAUCACGAUUGGGGCCACUUGGCCUCCGGUGGCCUGUUAUCAUUUGGUGAAUUUGAGUACCAAUCCAAGGAGCAGCAAGGUGAAUGCAGUAGCAGCAAUUACGGGUCCUUUGACCAGUGCCAGGCGUGCUGCACAGACCCCUCCAACCUCUGGUUCAUCGUGGAUCUCUUCAUGUUCCUCCUCAUGGGCAUUGGUGGCGGCCUGGCUGGCGUGGUCUGGGUGCAUUGCCAAGUCUUCAUCACAAAGCUGCGCAUGAAGUACAUCACUCAAAAGUGGAUGAAGGUGGCCGAGGCCCUCACCAUUUGCUUCCUCAACACCACCAUCUUGUAUUGGGCUGCUUUGAGCAUUGGUCGCUGCCACCCCCGCAAUGAAGGCCGAGCCAUUUCAGCAGAAGAGAACUGGCGCGGCUACUUUUGCGACGACGGUGAAUACAAUGACUUUGCCACCCUUGUGCUCAACCCUUUUGAGACGUCAAUCAAGCAUCUGCUUCACCAAAGCCAAAAUAUCCAGCCCAUCAGCUUGGGAACAAGCGCAGCCUAUUUCAUCAUCAUGGCCAUCAUCUCGUGUUGGACCUAUGGCCUCGCCAUCCCCUCUGGCCUAUUUGUACCCGCGCUCGUCACGGGAGCCGCCUAUGGCCGUUUCGUGGGCAGCAUUGUUGCCAUGUCCCCCACGUAUAGCGUCUACGUCGGUACCUAUUCUCUCAUUGGAGCAGCAGCCUUCCUCGGUGGUGUCGUGCGCAUGACCAUCUCUCUCACCGUCAUUCUCGUCGAAGCCACCAAUGAGGUAACAUAUGGCCUCCCCGUCCUCAUUACACUCGUGACCGCCAAACUUGUCGGUGAUUAUUUUAACAAGGGCAUCUAUGACGCCCACAUUGACCUCAAGGAGAUUCCGCUGCUCGAAUGGCACGCCGAAGAAGAAAUGAAACGCUAUCGGUGCCAAGAUGCCAUGGCCAAGCCGGUCGUCUGCGUCCCGCCCAUCUGCCAAGUUGGCCAGCUGGUCUCCGUGCUUGAGCAAACCACCCACAACGGCUUUCCCGUUGUUUACUCCGGCGCGGAAGACACCAUUGGCACCGUGCCAGCAGCCAUGAACCACUUUCAAGGCAUGAUCCUGCGUUCACAAAUUAUUACCAUCUUGCAAUGCCAUGGCUAUGGCCCCUAUAACGCGUCGACGGGCGCCGUGGACGGCCCACUUCUUGCAGCCGAUGUAUUCCAAAUGAAGUAUCCUCAACGAACGCCUAUCGAAGCCGUCACCUUGCCGCCGGCUGCUCUCGAGGACUAUAUCGACUUGCGACCCUACAUGAAUGCCUCACCCUACACGGUGGAUCCGAACACGCCCCUGCCGCGUGUGUUUGAAAUCUUUCGCAAUUUGGGUUUGCGCCAUUUGCCGGUUUUAGAUCACGCCCACAAUGUAGUCGGCAUCAUCACCCGCAAGGAACUCACGGCGCGUAUACUGGAGCGCAACCUGACCAUGUCCAUGCCUGAUCGUGUGUAUUCUUCAGGAUUCAAAGUGUAUCAAGCAUGUUAG